GUACCCCGCCCCUCCCGCGGAGCCCGGAUGAGGAGUAACGCCAUUACUGCCCGAGCCUCCGAGAGCCCUCGCGGACGCGCACUGGACCUGGGACCGGCCGCGCCAUGAGACUCCUCCCCCGCCUGCUGCUGUUCCUGCUAGCGUUUCCCGCCGCUGUGCUGCUCCGCGGCGGCCCAGGAGGGUCAUUAGCAGUGGCUCAAGAUCUUACAGAGGAUGAAGAAACAGUGGAAGAUUCGAUAAUAGAAGAUGAAGAUGAUGAAGCUGAGGUAGAAGAAGAUGAACCUACAGAUUUGGCAGAAGAUAAAGAGGAAGAGGAUGUAUCUGGUGAACCUGAGGCUUCACCGAGUGCCGACACAACUAUCCUGUUUGUAAAAGGAGAAGAUUUUCCAGCAAAUAACAUUGUGAAGUUCCUGGUAGGCUUUACAAACAAGGGCACUGAAGAUUUUAUUGUUGAAUCGCUAGAUGCUUCAUUCCGUUAUCCUCAGGACUACCAGUUCUACAUCCAGAAUUUCACAGCUCUUCCUCUCAACACUAUAGUACCACCCCAGAGACAGGCAACUUUUGAGUACUCCUUCAUUCCUGCAGAGCCCAUGGGGGGACGACCGUUUGGUCUGGUCAUCAAUCUGAACUACAAAGAUUUGAACGGCAAUGUAUUCCAAGAUGCUGUCUUCAAUCAAACAGUUACAGUUAUUGAAAGAGAGGAUGGGUUAGAUGGAGAAACAAUUUUUAUGUAUAUGUUCCUUGCUGGUCUUGGACUUCUCGUUGUUGUUGGUCUUCAUCAGCUCCUAGAAUCUAGAAAGCGCAAGAGACCCAUCCAGAAAGUAGAAAUGGGUACAUCAAGUCAAAAUGAUGUUGACAUGAGUUGGAUUCCCCAGGAAACUUUGAAUCAGAUCAAUAAAGCUUCACCAAGAAGGCUGCCUAGGAAACGGGCACAGAAGAGAUCAGUGGGAUCUGAUGAAGUGAAGCUCCAAGUCUCUCCAGAUGAGUCCAUCCGUGGUCUCUGUCCCAUGAGGAAACUUCAGGGUUUCUUCUUAUCCCUGGUCCCUGCUGAAGCAUACAAGUCUGACCAAACCCCAGCGAAGAGGCGCAGGAGGAAGGAGACACAUUGACCAGGGGGACCCUGCAGCUCAUCCAGCCCAUGGUCUCAGGUGCAGGAUGGGCCCACCUCUGCUGCUUCAGGAAGUUCCCUCAAUCGGUGGCCUCGGAGGCCCUGCUGUGUCUCUGCACCAGUUUGAUGUUUGUGAAACUUAGGACAGCACCAGUCUCACUGGACCCUCACAUGAGUCCUCUGGGAAGUCACUGCUGGGAAUGGCUGUGUCACUAGGGCUUUGUGGCUGAUGAAUAGCAGCUGUUGUGUAUUGUUUCUGGGUAGAGAUUUCCCAGGAAGCCCAGCCUCUCUGCCAGCUAGUGGGGAGGAGGAUAGGGGUCCCACCAGCAAGGAACAGAGGAAGGAAGGAAUGACCAAGCUCUAAGGCCACUCGGGUUACCUGACUCUCAUGUUCAGAUAACAUCUAUGGCCCUGUGGCAUCUGUGUCCCCAUGACAUAGAUAGUAGCAGAGGUCAGAAGACAGAGGGCUCUGUGUGAAGCAAGCCAGCAUACUCCCAUGAUUAUAGGGUGUAGCACAUGGCUCAGCAGCUUCCAUUUUCAUUUGAGGAAAUGUUCAAAGAUGAGUGUCCUCAGGACUGGGUCGAUGGGGACCUCAUAAAGGGUUCAGUGGUUCCCCCCAAGUUCUUGACCCUCAGGGGCAGGUGAGCCUGGCGCCAUGCUGAGUCUUGCUGAGCCUCCUGGGCUGGUGGGUCCCCCCAGCCUGGUUUUCAGAGGCUGCUUUUUGUGUGUUUAUGUGCCAUGGGCUUGAAUUGUGCUGAUGUGCAUCGAGGUUGAACUGCAAUUGAAUCAAAUUGGACAGAAAUAAAUAAAUUGAAGUGAAA